GCCCGUGCUAGCUGCGUCGCCGCAGUGCCCGGCGCCACAGCCGCCACAGCAUCCUCGGUGUUCGCGUGUCCUCCCGGCUCUGUAUCUCGUCUUACUCCUCCUCGGCCGGCGCGAUGGCGAAGCCGCUGACCGACAGCGAGAAGCGGAAGCAGAUCAGUGUGCGCGGCAUCGCGGGGCUGGGCGACGUGGCCGAGGUGCGGAAGAGCUUCAAUCGGCACCUGCACUUCACGCUGGUCAAGGACCGCAACGUGGCCACGCCCCGUGACUACUUCUUCGCGCUGGCUCACACUGUGCGGGACCACCUGGUGGGCCGCUGGAUCCGCACGCAGCAGCACUACUACGAGCGCGACCCCAAGCGCAUCUAUUAUCUUUCCCUGGAAUUCUACAUGGGCCGCACACUGCAGAACACAAUGGUGAACCUGGGUCUUCAGAAUGCUUGUGAUGAAGCCAUUUAUCAGUUGGGGUUGGACUUGGAAGAACUGGAGGAAAUAGAAGAGGACGCUGGCCUCGGGAACGGAGGCUUGGGGAGGCUGGCAGCGUGCUUCCUUGACUCGAUGGCCACGUUGGGCCUGGCAGCAUAUGGCUAUGGAAUCCGCUAUGAGUUUGGGAUUUUUAACCAGAAGAUUGUCGAUGGCUGGCAGGUGGAGGAGGCCGAUGACUGGCUGCGCUACGGCAACCCCUGGGAGAAGGCCCGGCCGGAGUACAUGCUGCCUGUGCACUUCUACGGGCGGGUGGAGCACUGCCUGGAGGGCGUCAAGUGGCUGGACACCCAGGUCGUGCUGGCCAUGCCCUACGACACCCCGGUGCCCGGCUACAGGAACAACACCGUCAACACUAUGAGGCUAUGGUCUGCCAAGGCACCCAACGACUUCAAGCUCCAUGACUUUAAUGUGGGUGGCUACAUCGAGGCAGUCCUGGACAGGAACCUGGCCGAGAACAUCUCCAGAGUCCUGUAUCCAAAUGAUAAUUUCUUCGAGGGGAAGGAGCUCCGCCUGAAGCAGGAGUACUUUGUGGUGGCUGCCACCCUCCAGGACAUCAUUCGACGCUUUAAGUCCUCCAAGUUCGGCUGCCGGGACCCAGUGAGAACCUGUUUUGAGACGUUCCCAGACAAGGUUGCCAUCCAGCUGAACGACACCCACCCAGCCCUUGCCAUCCCUGAGCUCAUGCGGAUACUGGUGGACGUGGAGAAAGUGGACUGGGACAAGGCCUGGGAAAUCACAAAGAAGACCUGUGCAUACACCAACCACACGGUGUUACCCGAGGCCUUAGAGCGCUGGCCUGUGUCCAUGUUUGAGAAGCUCCUGCCACGGCACCUGGAGAUCAUCUACGCCAUCAACCAGAGGCACCUGGACCACGUGGCCGCCCUGUUCCCUGGGGACGUUGACCGCCUGCGGAGGAUGUCUGUGAUCGAGGAAGGGGACUGCAAGCGGAUUAACAUGGCCCACCUGUGUGUGAUCGGGUCCCAUGCUGUCAACGGCGUGGCGAGGAUUCACUCAGAGAUUGUGAAGCAGUCAGUCUUUAAGGACUUUUAUGAGCUGGAGCCAGAGAAGUUCCAGAAUAAGACAAAUGGCAUCACACCCCGACGGUGGCUGCUGCUGUGUAACCCGGGGCUGGCCGGCACCAUCGCGGAGAAAAUUGGGGAGGGUUUCCUGACUGACCUGAGCCAACUGAAGAAGCUGUUGCCAUUGGUUGAUGACGAGGCACUCAUCAGGGAUGUGGCCAAGGUCAAGCAGGAAAACAAGCUGAAGUUCUCUGCCUUGCUGGAGAAGGAAUAUAAGGUGAAAAUCAACCCUUCCUCCAUGUUCGACGUGCACGUGAAGAGGAUCCAUGAGUACAAGCGGCAGCUGCUGAACUGUCUGCAUAUCGUCACCCUGUACAACCGAAUAAAGAAGGACCCAGCCAGAGCCUUUGUGCCCAGGACUGUCAUGAUCGGGGGCAAGGCGGCCCCCGGUUACCACAUGGCGAAGAUGAUCAUCAAGCUGGUCACAUCCAUCGGCAGUGUCGUCAACCACGAUCCAGUUGUGGGCGACAAGCUCAAAGUGAUCUUCCUGGAAAACUACCGAGUGUCUUUGGCUGAGAAAGUGAUCCCCGCAGCAGACCUUUCCCAGCAGAUCUCCACUGCGGGCACCGAGGCCUCGGGCACGGGCAACAUGAAGUUCAUGCUCAACGGGGCCCUCACCAUUGGUACCAUGGAUGGAGCCAACGUGGAGAUGGCCGAGGAAGCCGGGGCUGAGAACCUCUUCAUCUUUGGCAUGCGUGUGGAGGACGUCGAGGCCCUGGACCGGAAAGGGUACAAUGCCAGAGAAUACUAUGACCGCCUGCCCGAGCUGAAGCAGGCCGUGGACCAGAUCAGCAGCGGCUUCUUCUCUCCCAAGGAACCAGACUGCUUCAGGGACAUGGUCAACAUGCUGCUGAACCACGACAGGUUCAAGGUGUUUGCAGAUUAUGAAGCGUACGUGGCAUGCCAGGCCCAGGUGGACCAGCUGUACCGGAACCCCAGGGAGUGGACCAAGAAGGUCAUCAGGAACAUCGCCUGCUCGGGCAAGUUCUCCAGUGACCGGACCAUCACGGAGUACGCCCGGGACAUCUGGGGCGUGGAGCCCUCCGACCUGCAGAUCCCGCCCCCCAACCUCCCCAGGGAUUAGGCGCCCUGGCAAUGGUCUGCUGUUUCUGAAGGGCCAUGGGGAUUGUGCUGGUGGCUUGGGGUGGGCAAGGAAGGAAAGGCUCAAAAAGGGAGAUGCUCCCCAGUUUCCUGCGGGAAAGCAGAGCUCGCAGCCCUGCGCAGGGCAGCUGGCCCCGCAGCUUUAGCUCACCUGCCCCAAGGAGGUGGGGAAGGUGGAGCCACUGGCUGGGCUCCUCUGAGACCUUGCACGCACCUUGCAGUGAGCUUGUUUUUAGUUUUGAGCCUCUGGAUUCUGGGGUCUGGGCAGGUAGCUGUGGCAAAGCCUGGGGAACUGUUUUCUGCACCGCACGUGCUAGCCCGCUGUGUGGGCUCCCGGCCUCCUGGCCGUGCUAGUACUCCGGCCAAGUCUGCAGCUGCUGCGUGGGUGCUCUGGCCCAGGGUUUCCAGACUGAUCAGAUAAAGGGGCCCUAGGAUGACUGAGGGGGACAUGGGGAGGACACCUGUGCCUGGCAUCUAGGGGUCCUUGGCUAGGACAAGGCUGACUGAUGCAGUUAGCUUAGUUUUGCUUUUUCAAGAGGAUAAUCAGCUUCCCAGGGAAAUGAACGUAGCUGAAGCCUUUUCUUGUUUUAGCAACUAAAAAUUGUACUUUUGAAGUUUUGUGCUGGGGAGGCAAUGCUGGGAUGUGUUGCCGAGCCCUCGGGAGCCCAGGGUGGGGCGCUGCCUUUGCUGGAGAGGCCGAGUGCCCCUGCCGUGUCCUGGGGCCAGCCUCCCUUCUCCCUCCAUUUCCACCAGUGUGACUGCCUUGGAAAGAACUGAGCAGGCCCAGAAGGGAGCCCACUUUCCACUCUGCCUGGAUGGCAGGCUGGUGGCGGGAAGGGUGGGUGAGCCUCUCUCAGCUGAGAGAGCCAGGGAGCAGGCUGGUGCGCUUCACCACGGGCUUAAUGGAGACACGGGGGACAGCACCCUUCCAGGGGCUCUGCCUCCUUGCAUGCUGGAUCUGGAUGGCACAGGGCUCUGCCCUCACCCCGGGCCCUGAUGGCUCAUAGAAUCAGGCCAUGGAGGAUUUGCUCACGUGCGCACUUCACCAGAGCUGUGGAGGUCUGCUGGGGAGGCCCACGUUCUGGGGCUGUGGUCAUACCCCCGCCACCUUCCGCUACCCCAUUUCUUAGGCUGUGUGUGACCAUCACUGUGCCACUUGCUGUUACUGCCUUGUGUGAGAAACCGAUUAAACCUUCCUGCCUGCGCUUGGUUGAGCUGGCCUAUGUUUCAUUCUGUGCCGAGGGCAGGGUGCGGGCUGGGUCCCAGGGGCAGGCCUC